AUGGGUGACGAAGCACACUUGACUUUGGACCACGAAAAGGCCGCUCCCCCUCCCGCUGGGUUCAAGGAGCGCUCCAAGACCGCGCCCAAUUUGGCGUCGUUCGAGGAAUACGAAAAGUUGUACAAGCAGUCGGUUGAAGACCCGGCCUCGUUCUUUGGCGAACAAGCCAAGACGUUGUUGGAAUGGCUGAAGCCUUUCGACAACGCCAGAGUGCCCGCCCACCCCAAGGACGACUUCAAGAACGGCGACUUGCCCGCGUGGUUCGUCGGCGGUGAAUUGAACGCUUCUUACAACUGUGUCGACAGAUGGGCCCGUGACACUCCCGACAAGGUCGCCAUCAUCUACGAAGCCGACGAAGUUGGCGAAGGCCGUCAAAUCACCUACGCCGAAUUGCUCAAGGAAGUGUCGAAGCUCGCGCAAACUCUUUCCAAGCUUGGUGUCAAGAAGGGUGACUCCGUCGCCGUGUACUUGCCCAUGAUUCCCGAAGCGGUGAUCACCUUGUUGGCCAUUGUUCGUCUUGGUGCCACCCACUCGGUGGUAUUUGCUGGUUUCUCCCUGCUGGCGUUGCGGGACCGGAUCUUGGACGCCGACUCGCAGAUUGUCAUCACUGCUGAUGAACUGAAGCGUGGUGGUAAGACCAUUGAAACCAAGAAGAUCGUUGACGACGCUCUUAAGCUGUGCCCCAGCGUGCGCAAUGUGCUCGUGUUCAAGCGUACCGGCAACUCGCAUGUGCCGUUCCUGGCGGGCCGGGACUUGUGGUGGCACGAGGAGUUGGCUAAGUACGGUAACUACUUCCCCCCUGUUCCUGUGCAAGCCGAAGACCCUAUGUUCUUGCUUUACACCUCCGGGUCCACUGGUAAGCCCAAGGGUAUUCAACAUAACACCGCCGGUUACUUGCUUGGUGCUGCUCUCACCGCCAAGUAUACCUUUGACCUCCACCCCGAAGAUAUCCUCUUCACCGCCGGUGACAUUGGUUGGAUUACUGGCCACACCUACUGUGUGUACGGUCCGUUGUUGAACGGUGCCACCACUGUGGUGUUUGAAGGUACCCCUGCCUACCCCGACUUUUCGCGUUACUGGCAAAUUGUCGACCAAUAUGGCGUCAACCAGUUCUACGUGGCUCCUACUGCCUUGAGAUUGUUAAAGCGUGCUGGCACCAAGUUCAUUGAACCCUACAAGCUUGACUCCUUGAGAGUUCUUGGCUCUGUUGGUGAACCCAUCGCCGCUGAAGUCUGGCACUGGUACAACGACAACAUUGGUCGCCACAAGGCGCACAUUGUUGACACCUACUGGCAAACUGAAUCGGGUUCGCACUUGUUGACUCCUCUUGCCGGUGUUACCCCCACCAAGCCUGGGCUGGCCUCGUUCCCCUUCUUCGGUAUUGUUCCCAAGAUUUUGGACCCCACUCUGGGUGAAGAAUUGACCGGCAAUGACGUCGAAGGUGUCCUUGCCAUCAAGAACGCCUGGCCCUCGAUCACCCGUGGUAUCUUUAAUGACUACGCUCGUUUCAUUGACACCUACUUGGGUGCUUACCCUGGCCACUACUUCUCCGGUGAUGGUGCUGCCCGUGAUAAGGAUGGCUUCUACUGGAUUUUGGGCCGGGUCGAUGACGUUGUUAACGUGUCGGGUCACCGUUUGUCGACGGCUGAAAUUGAAGCCGCUCUUAUCGAACACGAAUUGGUGGCUGAACUGGCUGUCGUUGGUUACGCCGAUGACUUGACUGGUCAAGCCGUGGCUGCCUACGUGUCGCUUAAGAACAAGGAAGUGCCUGCCGAAGAACUCGACGCCAUCAAGAAGGAAUUGAUCUUGACUGUCAGAAAGGAAAUCGGUCCCUUCGCUGCUCCUAAGUUGAUCUUGUUGGUUGACGACCUUCCCAAGACCAGAUCGGGUAAGAUUAUGAGAAGAAUCUUGCGUAAGGUUUUGGCUGGUGAAGCUGACCAAUUGGGUGACAUCUCCACCUUGUCCAACCCUCAAGUCGUUCAACAAAUCAUCGACAUUGUCGCUGCUGUCAAGAAGUGA